UUUAAAAAAUUUUCCAAUUUAUUUUUCAAUCUUCAAAUUCCACAAUUUGGUGACAUUUCCAACAAUGCUCUCAAAUUGGAAUAAUUUUGAUAUUCAUCUUAUACUUCUCAAAUCACUGGCACUCAUUAUACCAAUUAUCUCUGGAGUGUUGAUAUUAUGCAGUCAUAAGCGUGGAGAAGCAAAAACGAAGAAUGCAGGUUCUCGUACAAAAAAGUCAGCGACGUCGACCUCAAUUCCAGCUCCAGCUCCAGCUCCAGCUCCAACUGAAGCAACUACAAUUGCAAAGGAUAGUUUGAUGGGAAAACUAGAGCCGCCGAAGGAGCCAGUCAAAGAACCGGAGAGUGAUAAAAGUGGAACGGGGCCUGUUAACUCUGUUAAAUGGCUUCGUGGAAGGAAAAAAGCUUGGAAAUCAAGGAAAGGAAGCAAGAAAGGAAAGAAACCAAAAAAAACCGAAACGGAUUCUCAGCAUACUCAAGUUAUCGAAAUGGAAUUAGGAAAGGCUGCAAGAUCUGGCGAAGGAGAAUCCAAAUUGACAGCUAAAGAAGAUCAGAAAGUUAAUGAGAAGCCCGAUGGGAAGACGGUUCAGUUUGCGGAUAAGCUGGUCAAAUCAACGUUGACCCCGACUGAGCAGAAAUAGAUCGAUUUAAUGGGAACUGGAUUAUGUUAGUUGGAAAUGAAGUAUCUCAGUUGUC